AUAUUUGUAAUUAUAUUUAUAUAUUAUGAAAUGUUCCUACGAAUAUAUUUUAUGGUGUUUGCGUUUGUAUGUUGAUGAAUGAUGAAUGUGCAAACUUUAAAUUCUGCAUUUGGACUGGGAAUUUGUUUAACUUCGGAUGGUGUUUAUUGCUUUUGUUGUGCAAAUGCUCAGACAUACGAACAAAUCAUUCAACCAACCUCUUUAAUUUUUUAUGUGUUUCUUUUCCUGAUUCAGGAUUUUACCCUUUCAUGUCCAUAGUCUAUGAUGCUGUGAGAACUUUUGAUGUUGUUGAUUGUUGAAGGGAUGGCAUUAUGCAUAGAUGUAGGCAAGCUCAAUGUUUUUAUUUUGAUUUUUUUUGUUUUUGGUUGUGAGAAGCAAGUUCAUAGUUGCAUGAUUGUUGUUCUGGAAUUCCAAUGAGAUCCUUGAAGAAACUAUUUCUUAUCAUAAUUUAUCAACAAGGGGAGAAUAGAGAUGUUUUUCCACAUGGUGUUGGAGAACAUGCAACUACACCCUCGUCACUUUGGGCGUGAUCUCCGGGAUAAGCUUGUGGCCAAGCUCAUGAAAGAUGUUGAAGGCACUUGCAGUGGUCACCAUGGGUUUGUUGUCGCAAUAAGUGGCAUCGACAGUGUUGGGAAAGGGCUGAUUCGUGAUGGGACCGGAUUUGUUACUUUUCCGGUUAAGUACCAGUGUGUUGUAUUUCGACCUUUUAAGGGAGAGAUUCUGGAAGCUGUUGUUACAAUGGUUAACAAGAUGGGAUUUUUCGCUGAGGCAGGUCCUGUCCAAAUUUUUGUGUCCAAUCAUUUGAUACCCGAUGAUAUGGAGUUCCAACCUGGUGAUAUCCCAAAUUACACUACUUCUGAUGGAUCUAACAGUGUGUGCAAGUCUUGA